UUCGAAUCCACCCUUCCAUGGUUCGGUAGGAGUUAGAUUCAUGCGCGAGUGCCAUGAAUCUCAUUAUUGAGAAUUCGUCUCCUUUAUCGACUGUGCAUUGGGGCAAUGUCAGCUUGAAUCCGUGAAAAAAAUCUUUCCUUCUGGAACUGAUUCUCGUCUGGCUUUUUUUGGAGAUUGUUUUCAUUUUUUUUAGUAGGAUUGGGGGAAUUCAUCAGGGUUUGAUGAGGAAAUCCUAGUCGCAAGUCCUUUUUAACUACAUCUAUUAGCUGAUCUGCGCGUACCGCGGAAAAGAGAUCUUCAUAUUGUUUGGAGUGUUUGCAGUGGCAGAUGAUUGAAGUAUUUGUUUGAGGCAUAUUAGUGUAGUUGAAGUGAAAGGACAGGGUAUGAAGCGCCGGAGUUAUCGUAUUCGAUGGAGGACCAAGCUGGCUGUAUUUCUUUCUCUGAGCUUUUGCAUUGGUACCUUAAUACUGACACAGAAGCAACACAGCCGAAUCUUGGGAGUCGACGCUUCAAGUUCUUCUCGUCGGCUUCCGAAGCCUAAGAUCGCGUUUCUUUUUAUAGCUAGAAACCGGCUUCCUUUGGAUUUGGUUUGGGAUGCAUUUUUCAAGGAACAGGAGGAGGAUAAAUUCUCCAUUUACGUUCACUCCAGGCCAGGGUUUCUGUUCAACCAAGCUACUACAAAAUCACGAUACUUUUAUGGACGGCAGGUCAACAAUAGUGUACAGGUAGAUUGGGGAGAAGCAAGCAUGAUUCUAGCAGAGCGCAUCCUGCUUCACAAUGCACUCAGGGAUGCUUCCAAUGAGCGGUUUCUUUUCCUAUCUGAUAGCUGCAUACCUUUGUACAAUUUCAGCUAUACUUAUGAGUACAUAAUGUCAACACCAACUAGUUUUGUGGACAGUUUUGCAGAUACCAAAGAAGGUCGUUAUAAUCCAAAAAUGCAUCCAGUUAUUCCAGUGCAUAACUGGAGGAAGGGGUCACAGUGGGCUGUGUUAAUUAGAAAGCAUGCUGAGAUAAUCGUUAAUGACAGUACGGUGUUCCCAGAAUUUCAGAAGCAUUGCAGGAGGAGAUCAUUACCAGAGUUUUGGCGGGAUCGCCCACUUUCUGUUGAUGUAUCCAAAGAGCAUAACUGUAUACCAGAUGAGCACUAUGUUCAAACUUUGCUAGCACAAUAUGGAUUGGAGGAUGAACUUACUAGAAGAUCCUUGACCCAUACUGUAUGGGAUAUGUCCUCCUCCAAAGACCGUGAAAGGCGUGGAUGGCAUCCGCUGACCUACAGGCUUUCCGACGCCACUCCUAAACUUGUAAAAUCCAUACAGAAAAUAGAUAACAUAUACUACGAGACAGAGUACAGGAGAGAAUGGUGUAGCAGCAAAGGGAAGCCGUCGCCGUGCUUCCUCUUUGCAAGGAAAUUCACACGAGCUGCAGCCUUCAAACUUCUCAACACUGGUGCACUCAUUCUAAACUAGAGGCAAACUCAACAGUGCUUCAAACUGAAGAAAUGACCAAUACAUAGAUAAGUUCAUGAGAAUCUAAAGCUUACAUAGUGAUUUUUGUUCUAUUUUUU